AUGAAGAAAUUAAUGAAGGGAAACACAUCACCUACAUAAACACGGUGCUUUGCUAAACUAAAUGAAAAAUCAAUCGGUAAUUGGAAUUCUUGAAUGAUUCGUCUUAUUAACACCAAAAUUCCUAUUUACUGAUAUCCAAGAAUAAUGGAGAGUUGAUGGUUUAUUUGUUGUUUCUUUCAGAUUGAAGACCUUCAAACUAUGCAAAUCAACCAGACAAGAGUGAAGGAAUUCAUCCUCAUUGGCUUUUCUCUUUACCCAGAUGUACAGAUAUUACUAUUUGUCAUCUUCUUUUGCCUCUACUUUCUCACCAUCCUGGGUAAUCUGACCAUCAUGGGUCUAACCUGGGUGGACAGAGCCCUCCACACCCCUAUGUACAUCUUCCUGAGUUCACUCUCCUUUUCUGAGACUUGCUACACGUUGGGCAUCAUCCCCAAAAUGCUGGCAGAUCUACUGGCCAAGAACAGAACCAUCUCGGUCAUAGGUUGUGGCUUACAGAUGUAUUUCUUCUUAGGACUUGGGGGCACUAACUGCAUCAUACUCACUGUAAUGGGGUAUGAUCGCUUUCUGGCCAUCUGCAACCGUCUCAGGUAUCCACUGCUUAUGACCCACAUCCUAUGUGGGGAACUUGUGGCCUCUGCUUGGGCUGGAGGCUUCUUUGUAUCUCUGAUAGAGACAGCAUUGAUAUUCAGAGACUUUUUCUGCAGUCCCAACCUUGUCAAACACUUCUUCUGCCAUAUGCGUGCAGUGGUGAGAUUGUCCUGCUUAGACAGCAACCUCACAGAAUUUAUGGUAACAUUGAUCUCAGUAUUGGGUUUGCUGGGUACUUUCCUAUUCAUUACCCUCACUUAUGUCUUCAUACUUUCCACUGUCCUAAGGAUCCCUUCAGCUGAGGGCAAGCAAAAGGCAUUUUCCACCUGUGUCUCCCACCUCACAGUGGUGAUAAUCCAUUUUGGUUUUGCAUCUAUUGUUUACUUGAAGCCAGAGGGUUCGUGGGGAGAUGACACACUCAUAGCUGUCCCUUACACUGUUAUUACUCCUUUCCUCGGCCCCCUCAUUUUCAGCCUCAGGAAUAAGGACAUGAAGAAUGCUUUUAGAAAGGUGGUGGGAAAGAUAAUAACCUAGAAUAAAUGAUCUUGCAUUACUGUUGCUGGUUUAAGGCAUUAUUGAAUGUCUGCAGAAGGCAGAGGGACAUUUACCCUGUGACCUCUGGAGGAACCUGUAUCACUUCCUCUUUUCCAGAGUUUAAGAUAUGAGGAACAUUUUACAAACUUUGGAUCCUAAACCAUAACAGAUAUCUCCUUAACUUGUUAAGAAAUUUGUUUAAUCCAUCCCUUUUCUACUAUCAGAGGAAGCAUGUCCCUAUAGAUACUAGGCUCUGGCAAUCCAUUGCUGGCUGUCCUGGACAAGUUAUGGUGUGUACAAAGAAAAAUACUGAUUAAAUUAUCUAAACAUAUAAAGGAUGAGGAAUUUGUGUAGGCAAGAUUAUGACACACUGGAUUGCAAUUCGUAGACAUAAGGCAUUUCUGACAAGGAAGGCACCGUGCAUUAGCCACCCUGCAUAUAUUGUGUAAGAUGUGUUUUUAAGUUUCUGUGAAAUCUAAGUAUUUUUAAGAACACACCGUUCAUGACUGUGGCCUUCCAAUGACUAUCA